GCUUGAAAAAUAGGGAUGCGGAUGCGGUCGCGGCCGUUAUUAUACUAGGAAAAGCGGCUGCAUCCGCAACCACGAAGAUAGAUCUUCCAAGGGCCGCUCGACCGUACCCAUGGCGUUGGGCAUGGAUUACAAUAACAAGCUCGUUCUCGCUCCCAUGGUUCGAGUUGGCACAUUGCCGUUCAGGCUACUGACCGCUGAAUACGGUGCUGAUAUAACAUACGGGGAGGAGAUUAUUGAUCAUAAAAUUAUCAAAUGUGAGCGUCGAACUAAUGAGGUAAUUGGAACCACUGAUAUUGUGGAGAAGGGGACAGAUAAUGUUGUUUUCAGAACCUGCCAUGAAGAAAGAAAUCAGGUGGUAUUUCAAAUGGGCACUUCUGAUGCUGUGAGGGCUCUUACUGCUGCUCAGAUAGUGUGCAAAGAUGUAGCAGCAGUAGAUAUCAAUAUGGGUUGCCCAAAAUCAUUCUCUGUUAGUGGAGGAAUGGGUGCUGCAUUAUUGACUAAGCCAGAGCUCAUUCAUGAUAUUUUGACGACAUUGAAGAGAAAUUUAGACACACCCGUAACAUGUAAAAUUCGACUUCUAAAAUCAUCCCUUGAUACAGUAGAAUUGGCACGGAGAAUUGAGAAAACUGGUGUUUCUGCUCUUGCUGUUCAUGGUAGAAAAGUUUCAGAUAGGCCAAGAGAUCCUGCUAAAUGGGGUGAGAUUGCUGAUAUUGUAGCUGCACUUUCUAUUCCAGUCAUUGCAAAUGGUGAUGUUUUUGAAUAUGAAGAUAUUCAACGCAUAAAAGUCGCAACUGGUGCCUCAUCUGUGAUGGUUGCUAGAGGAGCUCUUUGGAAUGCAUCAAUUUUCUCUCCAAAGGGCAAAUUGCCAUGGGAAGAUGUGAAAAGAGAAUACGUUAGAAAGAGCAUCUUGUGGGAUAAUGAUGUUAAAAGCACAAAGCACACCUUGAAGGAAAUGAUAAUGCAUUUUUCUUCCCUUGAACUCCCUGAGGGAAAGGCUGUGAUUAAAUCAGAAACAUUGGCAGAUCUAGCGCAACUUUAUGGAGAAGAAAAGUACUAUGAGUUCGUCAACAGCAGCCGGUUAACCAUUGGAAGAAGAUGACUAAUUUUCCUGUGUACAGAGCCUUGCCCUUGAUCGAAAGUGAAAUGGUGAAGUGUGCAUUAUUAUGGACUGUUUACCAUCUGUUGUGUCAAAGAUGCCGAGGCAAAAACCAUUCUUCACGUCUCGGGACUUUGAAAUUGUUUAUUGGGACUCAAAUCGUUGGUGAGAAAUUGGGAUCCAACCUAAAGGUUGGUGCAUCUACAGCCGUGCUUCAAAUCAAAUCAUUAAAAUUGCACCAGUUGGUCAGCAUAUUUAUUCAGAAUUUUGAGGCUUUUGGAGGCAUGAAUUUUUUUUUAAACUUAUAUUUACAUUUUCUGAAAUGAUGCUUGAGGCGGUGUUCACCCCAAGGCAGGCAUGCAAUUGCAAGCCCACUAGCGCUGUACCGUGUAAUUGUUUUAUACAGAUCUUCGGCCGACAUUUUGGAAAAGUGCUCCAGUUACAUUUUGCUUCA